AUGGUCGGGAGGCCUUUCCCCAGAGCAUACAGCAAUGGCACCAAAAUGUUUAAAUUUUUUCCAAACUCCGCGUCGCGUGCGCGUCAUGGGUCUGGGCGAGCGAGGCCUUUGGGCGCGAAACCUUCGGAGCCCAAUUGUUUUCGUUCCUGCGGCGGCGGCGGCGGCGGCGGCGAGGGACAUGGUGUCAGCGACGCAAAUUGUCGAAGACUUCGACACUUCGGUGUCACUUUGGAAGAUGCUAAACUUAUUGAAAAGUGUUUGGAAUUAUGCAGGGCUUAUGGAGUAGACGGAGAAGGUAUUGCAGCCUGUUGGAUAUCAUUUGCAAGCAAUAAUGGAUAUGAUUCUUUGACACCUGAAGGACUGGACCAUUUUGAGCGUGAAGAACUUACAAAAAAUAAGAAAAUGGUCAUUAAAAAGACGGAGAACUUCCAGAUAUAUGAUGCAUCAACCAUUGAUGAAAUAGCUGGCGAGGAUGAUAAUGACUUGAUUGUAGCUUAUGGAGGAACUCCAACGCCAAAG